UGUCUGCUUCAGGCUCUGCUAACUAUUAUUUCAUUCAUGUGGAGGGAAGUCCUAGGAUUUCCAAGCAGAUUCUACGGCUGUCAUUUGAGGUUUCAUGAGGACAGAGAUGCCAGGAAAUGCAGGACAUAGUGACCCCAGAAGUUAUAUGGUCAUUCAACCUCUUCCAAUUCCCAGCCAGAAGGGACUGAAAAUCCAAGCCAGAAGUGCUACCCAUUACAACUGCUGGGUACCCUGCCGAGAUGAAAUAUUUAGGGACAACUACUACCGCAGACAGAGGCAAUUGUCUCAACAAGGAUAUAAUUCGCCCAAUUACAAACCCUUUGAAGAACUGGGACAGCCUCUCUUCUUGGAAGUGAAAAAACUCAUCCUUCAGUCACUGGGACAAGAUGAACUGGACACAAAAAAUGACGAUACAGUCAAUGAAAAUGAUACUCAAGAGGAAAACAGAUCUGAAAGCUCCUCUAGACCACCUAUAUCAACAUUGCCUUUAUCACCUGGACCCUCUGGGUACUUGAGACAUAAGGAAAAAAACGCAAACGGCUUUAAUAAUGCUCUCAGCCACACCAGAGGAUUGAUUACCAGUGUAAAGCAAGGCCGACAAUACUUUCACAUGCUACAUCAAGAAGAGGAGGCCAGAAAAAUACAAGUACAAGAGAAUCAGCGACAGCUGCAUGAGAGGAACAAGACUGAACCAAGGCCAUUCAGAGACUCUGAUGGGGACAGUUCUGCAGAUGAACAAGACAUCGGUACAACUCAUAAAACAAGGUUCUUUCUAACAGAACUUGAAGAGCAGCAGAAAAAACAGAAGAGAUCAAUCAGCCGUCCAUUCACUCCUAUGCACAACUGUCUCCUUUCCAAGCAAGUCCUUGAAGCAGACCCGGACUCCCUGUUCCGCCAGCUCUGUGCCCUCCAUUGGCUGUUAGAAUCUUUAACAGAGCAGUCUGGCCUGAUGCGACCUGUAUCCACCUGCUGGAAUUUAAGAGAUCCUGGUGGCUGUAAAACAUCAUUAAAACAAAUCAAUAGAGAAAAGGAAGUAGAAAUGAAGUGGGAGCAGUUUAUAAUGCCAGGGAAGGGUAAAAGACAAGGUCAGAGAUUUGUUCGUGGUCACAACAAAGGAGCCCGCAAGUUAUCAUUCCUCAGCAUCUCUCGAUUUAGUGGGCUUUCAUCAGCUGUCACACCAACCAUGGGCAGUGUCUCUUCCCUUCUUCCAAGCUCAGAUGAGAUGCCAUCAUCCUCAGAGGGUCUUCAAGAUGGUGGAGAGGAGAUAGAAUCUACUCUUAAUAGUUCUGUUCAUACGCCAGGAAAACUGAGCAAAGAAGAAGAUGAAGAACCUCUGUCAGACUAUAUGCAGACCUUGCUGAAAAUGAUUGGAGAAAGGGUGAGCAAGGAAUUAGAUGAAGAAGAAAGUCAAUCCAAGUACAAGUUUAAAAGUGACAUAUCUUCAAUAGAGAACAAGGAAACAUCGACUAAAGAUGUUCAUGUUAUUCCCAGAAGCGUCACCCAGAGACCAAAAAGUUCCCCUGCUUCAGUGUUUUCACCUACAAGCCUCUUCAUUAAGAAGAAAAGUAAGAUGCCCUCAGAGAUGAGGGAGCUGUUCUUUGAGGUUGCCGAUGAAGCAGAUAUGUAUCUGCAUGAUAAAGUGAAGGCCAUGGAGAGGAGACGUCAAGAAUUCAAUACCCAAAAGUAUCACUCUUUGGCUACAAUCAGCAAUUUUCGCCAAGAUCUGGAAAAAAUUCGAAAAACGUGCUGCCAGGUUAAAGAAGAAAAAGAUUACACAGACACGAAAAACUGGUUUGUGGUUUUACAGUCCAGGAUUCCAGAAGACAUGAAAAACAACCAGAAGAUCAAAAAGAUUUUAGAAAAGCUUGAAAAGUUAGAAGAGAAACAGUUUGUCAGAAUACGCAUCAAUUCCUUUCUGAAGGUGCUAGCUGGACUUCGUCAUUGGGAACUGUGUUCUCCUGAUAUAUGUGUGGCUAUAGAGUUUGUAAGGGAGCAUCUGGUGCAAAUGCCAUUAGAGGAUUACACAGCUUGGCUCCAGACAAGACUGGCUUCUUCACCAUCCCAUAGAGUCCAGAGUGCACCUCCACAUAGAUGACCACUGCAAGGCUGAAUAUUAUAUUGGUCAUAGUCAAAGAAUACAACACUACUUGUUAUCUUGAUUAUUUUUCACCAGCAACACUGAAUGACCUAUGGUUUAUAUAUAUUUACAUUAUCAUAUAUAUCAUUGUUGUCAGCUAUACAAUAAGACCUCUAUGAAAUGUAUCACUGGAUAGCAGAAUUUUUUUUCAAGACAUCAUAUCUUGGUAAUUCUGUUGUUUUAGUCCUCAGUAUUUGUGGAAUCGUUCACAAGCUAUGCAGACAUUUAUCCAAGCAAACAUACAAAGUAAAGCAAUCAAAUCUCAGUCUGUAAAGACUGAAAAUAAGGCAUAGUUUAGAUCGACCCUCUCUAAUUCAGAAUUGUAAUUUUGCAGCAUAUAUACUUAAAAAAGUGUCAAACAUUGUAAAUACUACUCCAAGUUUAAACAUUAAUCCACAGAUCAUCUAUCUGUUAUAGCAUUGCUUUGUUUUCUCUACAGAUUGUUCAUUUUGCCUAUUCCUGUCCCUAUGCUUAUUUGCAUGCAAAUCACACUUUUUUAUGCAUUGUAAAUAUUUCCAAUAAAGCAAAAAGUAUUUUGAUUAAA